GAAAGCUUAAAACUUUCAUAAACAUCAUCAAUUCAAAUCUCCCAACCAAUUCCACUCGCAUUCUUCUUCACAUCCAAAUCCUUCCAAAAUUCAAACUUGUUCAUCUAUUUACCGGAGUUGCAGUUUCUCCACCUAAAACUCUCUCCGUUUCACUCUCAUGGGAAGAAGCGCAAACACAAACAAGGCGACAAAAGCAAAGAGAUAAACCACACUUUUCCGUCCAAAUGAAAAGUCCGGCAAAGAGCCUCACGCAGCUCCCGAAGCGGGCCUUGGAUCUCGACUGGCGCCUCGUGCUCCUCCUCAUCUCCUCCGUCACCUUUUUCACCUACAUUUCCAUCUCCUCCUCCUCCGCCGCCGCCGUCCUCAUCUCCCUCCCCAAAGCCGCCUCUUUCAAAUCCAUACUCCACCCUCCCAAUCACCGCCCCGCCCGCCCGCUCAACGGCUCCAGAAUUGCGGUUUGUCUGGUGGGCGGGGCGCGGCGCUUCGAGCUCACCGGCCCCUCCAUCGUCGAGAGGAUCCUCCGCGUUUACGAGAAUUCGGAUCUCUUCCUCCACUGCCCGCUCGAUUCGAACUCGUACAAGCUGCAGUUGCUGAGCGACGCGCCGAGAAUUGCGAGCGUGAGGAUAUUCAAGCCCCAGCCGGUUCCCGAGACCGAAUCGCAGCUCCGAGUGCUCACGCCUAGCAACUCGCCCAACGGUAUACAGGGCUUGUUGCAAUAUUUCCAACUGGUAGAAGGGUGUUUACCAAUGAUCAAAGCUCAUCAAGAAAAGAACAACUUCACCUACGAUUGGAUUAUCCGAACCCGGGUAGACGGGUACUGGUCUGACCCGUUAGGGCCGGAGAACUUCAUCCCGGGAAAGUACGUUGUACCCCCCGGUUCCUCCUAUGGUGGCCUCAAUGACCGUUUUGGCGUAGGCGACUACAACAGCUCGGUUGUAGCACUAUCAAGACUCUCCUUGAUCUCUCAGCUCGACUCAGCCGGUCUGACCCAACUCAACUCGGAGACUGCCUUCAAGGCCCAACUCUCGACCCAGAAUGUCCGAUACACCACCAAACGCCUCCCGUUUUGUGUGGUAUCGGAUCGCCAGUAUCCCUAUCCUCUUGGCCGCAACGGAGUGCCUGUGGCGGCCUUGUCGAGCCGAGGCCCACUUAGCGGUGCAAAAUGUAGGCCCUGCAAGCCCGUAUGCAGUGGGCCUUGUGUCGGGCCGAUGAUGAGCGGGCUUUAUAGAUCGUGGAGCUGGACUGAGUGGGCUAAUAACACACUUGAGCUAUGUGAUGCACAUGGUGAGUGGGAAGAAGGGUGGGAGACUCUUUUUGAUAAUUCAGCUGGAAAAAAGCUUGCUUUGGCUAGGAAGAGAAUAUGGGCUUUGAAUAUGGACAAGUGUGUUGAUGGAUUUGAGAAAUUCAAGAAGCGAGCGGCCCAUUGGGUUGGGCCGAGUGCUGCUGAAAUUUGCGGGCUGGGCUUGAAAAAUCCUGCUUAAAUUAGUAAAGAAUGUUUUUGCAAAGGAUUUUUUUUGUAGGAUAGGGAAUACAUAUCUAUAUACCUCAUGAUAUAUUAUAAAAUUUACUAUAUUAUGUUUGUAUAACCAAAAUAAUAAAAAUGAGUAUUUUGAGA